AGCGCCGCUCUUCGCCCUCGGGGACUGGCGCGUGGCACUGCACUCCACGUGUUUCCCUCUGCCCAAUGAGAGCGGGCUCCCGGGCGUGAAGGGGCGGGAGGAAGAAGACGACUUGGUGGCGUCGCGCGAAGGGGGCGGGGCCUGCAACGUCGGCCCGAACGAGGGGACGCAACGGAGGCAGGUUGGAGCCGCUGCCGUCGCCAUGACCCGCGGUAACCAGCGAGAGCUCGCCCGCCAGAAGAACAUGAAGAAGCAGAGCGACUCGGUUAAGGGAAAGCGCCGAGAUGAUGGGCUUUCUGCUGCCGCCCGCAAGCAGAGUGCCCCAUCAUCUCUACCCCCAGGGACUCGGAGAUCAUGCAGCAGAAGCAGAAAAAGGCAAACGAGAAGAAGGAGGAACCCAAGUAGCUUUGUGGCUUCGUGUCCAACCCUCUUGCCCUACGCCUGUGUGCCUGGAGCCAGUCCCACCAUGCUCGAGUUUCUUCCUGUAGUGCUCACAGGUCCCAGCACCGAUGGCAUUCCCUUUGCCCUGAGUCUGCAGCGGGUUCCUUUUGUGCUUCCUUCCCCUCAGGUAGCCUCUCUCCCUCUGGGCCACUCCUGGGGGUGAGGGGGUUACCCCUUCCCAGUGUUUUUUAUUCCUGUGGGGCACACCCCAAAGUAUUAAAAGUAGCUUUGUAAUUCCUUGAGCGCCUGGUUUGACUGGGGAUUGGGGGAAUGGGGAUGGAGGAGUAAAUGCCCUUUCCCACUAAAAGGGGGGAGUUCUUUUAGUCCUAAGAGAUUAUGGAUUUGUAGACAUCAUAAGGAAAACAUCACAGAAGAAGCCUUUAUUUUAACUAUUGCAACCAGAAAAGCACUCCAGUUAUGUGGCAUAGGAAUCCUCUAAGAACUAUAGAGACUUCUUUUCUGUGAUUUUUUUAUCCCCCACAUUGACCUUGAACACCAUCCCCAGGAUGGUAUUGAGGGCCGUAAGAGGGGAAGGAUCUAAGACCCAAGUUUAUGUCUCUUUUCCUCAUUCUUUGUUUGCUUGAAAGUUGGCCAAAAAAAAUCCUGCUGCUCACCGACUUCGGUGGUCGGCUGCUCUCGAAUUCACAUUCUCUUCUGUCAUUCCUCGUGGAAUGAAGGUGGUUUUUGUCUUCCAUUUUCUUUGACCUCAUGAUGAGGAUUAAAAUGUGUGGUAGCUGCUGCUCCUUUCUUCCUGUGCCCUGGCCUGUUCUCUGGUCUGGGCUUCUUCCACCCCUGUGCUCAGUCAGACUGAAUCACUUGUUUCCUUUCCAUUGCCAAGAGCAGACCCAAAUCUUCAAUCUCUGUAGGUCUUUCCCUGACCCUAUCUCCAGCUCAGGAGCCAGAACGGGGCUUGUGCCACACAGCUAGGAUCAGCUAAGGCUCCUGGGUUUACUUCCUUGGGAGUUAGACUCUCGCUUUAAUGAAGCCGUAGUUUGUCUACUUCUUUUCAUUUAGAUACUUACUGAGCCUAAUCGGCGAUAACUGCUCAUUUGUCCUUGAGGUGUUGAGCUCAGUGGGCGGCUCCUGGAGCUAAGAUUAAGAGUGUAAUUAAAGGGUCUCCCAGUCAGUUAAUGUAGAUCAAGAGCCAGUUUUUAUGUGGCAGUACUGAAGCCACGGCAGUGUUGCCUAAAGACACUAGCUAGGGUGGUGGUGAUUCCGAGUGGUGAGCCAGCAGUGGUGCCAGGAGCAGCCCCAGAUAGAGGAGUACACAGGCCCAGCAUGAGGCAACUUUGACCCAGAAGGUAGCCCAGCUACCCUUAGUGAAGGUCUUCUCCAGUUCUGCUUCCUCAUAGCUGUGAAACCAAAGAUUAGAGAUGAUGCAGGGCCUUAGCUUUUGAACUUCCCUGCUUCCUCAUAACCAGGGCAGAUCCUUGUGUGUCCCUCUCCCAAGAACUUCUGGAAUGCCUUUCUAAAAUGUUUCCUUAAAAUAGCUGGGUUUUCCGGGAGUGUAUCUUAUGUAUGCUUUCAUCCUACCUGAACCAGUUGGUAAGGGUAACCAUGACAUAGAGCGAAGCAAGGAAGAAGGCGAAGUGGAAGCCAGAGUAGCUGUAGGAAAGAUGCUGGCUCUGCACUUGAGCAGCUGGAGGGGUCUCCUGGUCAGCUGGCCUGGCCCUGCUCCCUUGCCCUAGAGAGAAGUGUGGUGGGAAGCAAUGUUGCUGACAACUCCCUUUCCCCAACUCUUGUGAAGGCUCUUGAAGGCUCUGGCCCUUUACAGGGUUCAGCUAGCUGGAUUGCUAGAUUGACUCACCGUCCUCUGGUUCCACUGUUUGGGGGCAGCAGAAACAGACUGAGGGCUUCUGUAAAACAAGGCAACGUGUUUUGAAAUGACUUCAAGAAAGUGUGAGGGUGCUAAUUUAGAAAAUCUCAGACUGGCCUGGUGUAAGAAGUGGAGGCACACCUGGGUUCAAAUUCUUGCUCCAGCAUAAAACUGGCUAUGCAAACUUUGGUAAGAUGUUUAAUCUUUUGUGCCUCAAUUCCUCCAUUUGUGAAAUGGAGCAAAUACCUACCUCACAGGGUUGUUGUGAGGAUUAAAUUAAAUGAGACUAUGUAUGUAAAGUAUCUAGCACAGUGCCUAGCACGUUGUGGGUACUCAAUAAAAGGAAACAGCAGCUAGAAUCUGAGCAUUCUGGGUAGAA